CGCGCGUCACCAUGGCAACCGCGCGCGGCGUAGCCCAGCCCGCCCCAUCCUCUCGCGAGAGCAGCCCGUGCGACCGGAAGCGGGGCGGUGACCCCGGAAGUCCCCGGCGGGCGCAGCUUGGUCGGUUCGAUCGCCGCCGGGACCUGACGCCACCCGGAGUUCGCGUCCCCUCCCCGUCUCCGAGCGUUGCUCCUAUCAUUGUGGUCAUGGACGAUACCCUGUUCCAGUUGAAGUUCACAGCGAAGCAGCUGGAGAAGCUGGCCAAGAAGGCGGAGAAGGACUCCAAGGCGGAGCAGGCCAAAGUGAAGAAGGCCCUUCAGCAGAAAAAUGUAGAGUGCGCCCGUGUGUAUGCCGAGAACGCCAUCCGCAAGAAGAACGAAGGUGUGAACUGGCUUCGAAUGGCGUCCCGCGUAGACGCGGUGGCCUCCAAGGUGCAGACAGCUGUGACCAUGAAGGGGGUGACCAAGAACAUGGCCCAGGUGACCAAAGCCCUGGACAAGGCCCUGAGCACCAUGGACCUGCAGAAGGUCUCCACGGUGAUGGACAGGUUUGAGCAGCAGGUGCAGAACCUGGACGUCCACACGUCGGUGAUGGAGGACUCCAUGAGCUCGGCCACCACCCUGACCACGCCGCAGGAGCAGGUGGACAGCCUCAUCGUGCAGAUUGCCGAGGAGAAUGGCCUGGAAGUGCUGGACCAGCUCAGCCAGCUGCCCGAGGGCGCCUCUGCUGUGGGCGAGACCUCUGUGCGCAGCCAGGAAGACCAGCUGUCCCGGAGGUUGGCCGCCUUGAGGAACUAGCUGCGCCCUGCCGCAGCACCGCCUCUGCCCUGCGAUGCGCUGGAAGGCUCCCGUCCUCUCCCCACCGCGUCUUGCCUUUGUGCUGACCCUGCAGAGCUGCGGCCGGCAGCCACGGCUCCUCUCACCGCCAGGCCUGGGCAGCCUCAGGCUGUUCCUGUUCUUCUGGGUUGGGCGGUGGGUCUGUGUCCUGGUGUUGAGUUUCUGCAAAUUUGUGGGAGUGAUUUCUGUGACUCUGGGCCGACAGCGGGGAGGCCAGGAGGGGCCACUGCAGGGGCUUCAGACUCUGGGGCGGCAGGCGUGUGGCUUGUCAGCCAGAGGGGUCAGGGCUGCCUUGUUGCCAAGCAACUCCUGGGGGCCACUCCGCACCCCUCAGCAGGCAGGAGGCCCCACCGUGUGGACAGACGCAGCCCAAGGAGCCACCACAGGCCUGUGUGUGCUGGAGGCCAUCAGUGCCACCCAUGCCGACCCCGCCUCCUCCAUCAUUCCAGGCACUGGGUCUCGGCUGCCCCUACCAGCUGGCUGAGCCCCCGGCCUGUUCUCAGCUCCCUCGGUUCCCUCAGUUCCUAAAGCUGCCCCGUGCCCAGUCUGUGGAGACAGAACCGUCACCCAGAUCCAGAUCCACGCGUGCCCACCCUGUGGCGUUCACUCUCACGUGGCUGCUGCGUCUGGAGGUGCCUUUGGCCCCGUGGUCUGUGCUGUGUCUCCUCGGCAGGAGCCUGUCCCAGGCUGGCCAGCUGCAGUCCCAGCAGGUGCUCCUCCCGGGGGGCAGCCUGCUUCUCUUGGACGACCUUUCCCUAUGUCCCCCUCUACCAUCUCUCUCCACAAGUGGGUGCCUCCCCUGACUGUACCCCAACUGCCUUCCCAGCGUGGAAGCCAGGGCAGCUGGUGGGGGGAGCCCAGGAGAGCUGUCUUUAGCCGGACUGGACUGGGGCUGCUUUGAGGAAAAGCCGCUCCUGUGCCCUGAGGAGCCGCCAGCAGCACUCAUGGAUGGACUUGCUGAGCAGGCGUUGGGCACAGCCUGUAUCUGUUCCAUUUCCUAAUGUUUACUUUGUUGUCUUGAGGCUUCCAGGAUUUUUUCUUUUUUUUGCCAAAGUAGAAAAGGCAGGUGGUGGGCGGCUGGCAGGGAGCUUGGGUCCCACCCCUCAGUCCUGCCCACCCCCCGCCGCCUUCACUGAGGCAGCAGUGGUCUUGUGGCUCCUACGUGCACAAACGUGGAGACCCUGACUUGCGCUCACUGAGCUUGGUUUUCUUUUCAGAACUUGGGAGCCCCCGGGGAGGGUCUAGUGUUGGCAGAUCCUGGAUGUGGGGGUCGGGGUACUGCCUGGCUGUGGUCCCUCCAGCCUCCCCACAAUGACCUCUGGUGUUGGGAGAACGUCCUUCUAUCCAUCAAGGGUAACAGCCUUGAGGAGGGCGGGGGCUGCCUCAGCCUGUCCCCUUGGGCACCGAGGACAGGGGCUGUUUACCCUUUUCCUCAAAUGCUGUUGUAAAUAAACACGUGGGUCCCUGGAAACGUU